AUGUAUGUAUGUAUGUAUCACCAAUUUAAUUUCCACUUUUUAGAUUUUGAAAAAAAAUAUCAUUAUAUAGUUAUUUAGAAGGAAAAAAUGAAGAAAAAAUAUGAAAUAAGAUUAAUUAAUAAUUAGUAAAAUUAACUAAGAAUGAAAAAAAAAAGAUAUCAGAAUAAAAAUAAAAAGGAAAAUAAAUCAAAUAAAUUAAAAGAGCUUUAAUGUUUUAAAUUAACUUUUAUUAUUAAAAUAUUACAAUCCAAAAGAAAUAAACUGCUUUUAUUAAGUGCAAGUUAUAAUAGCAAAAAAUAAAGAAAAAAUAUAAAAUAAUAAAAUAUGAAUAAUAAAUAAUUAAUUAAAAUUUGA